ACUAGCGCGUGCCGUUCGUUAGCCUCGCGUUUCGAACAGGCGUACUCGAUCUGAACUCUCAAGUAUAAAGGAAUGGAAUCGGACACGAGAAUUGGCAAGAGAACUGACCGACCUACCCCUGACAUCCACAAGUCAGUUACACAAUCACACAGUCACACAGUCAGUUCCCAAUACUUCUACUCUGAACGAGAACCUGAUACUAUCAAACAUGGCUGGAGAACUCGUCCUGCUUACUGGAGGCACUGGCUUCCUAGGGUACGCAAUUCUCAUCGACCUACUGAAAAGCGGUUAUCGAGUUCGUGUGGCAGCUCGUUCUCAAGCCAAGAUCGAUAGGGUUCGAGCUGCUUCCUCCCUCCGUGCACUAAACCCCCCGGCGACGCAGUUGAUGUUUGUGAUCGUGCCGGACAUGACAGCACCUGGAGCGUAUGACGAAGCAGUACUCGGGGUCGACUUCAUCAUCCACGUUGCCGCACCGCUUCACACGAACUCAACGCCUCCGAAGGAACAAUUGGAAGAACACCUCGUUGCAAGUUCCGUACAGGGCAGUCUAGGCAUCCUGAAGUCUGCGAACGAGAAGGCCAAGACCGUGAGACGUAUCGUCAUGACCAGUUCUACAGUAGCCAUCGCUCCUACAGACAUCUACGCCAAAGGUAUCAAUGAACAUGAUAUCGUCCGCGGACCUGAAUACCGCAUAGCCAUACCAGCACCGCCAUACGACUCCGGGCUCCAUGCAUAUUGUGCAGGCAAGACAGCAGCUCUCCAAGCAUCUGAGGCAUUCGUCAAAGACAAUGCCACACAUUUCGACCUGAUCUCCAUCCUCCCAUCCUGGAUAUUAGGGAAGGACAAACUCGCCAUGGACACUAGAGACAUGCGAGCAGGGUCAAACGGAAUGGUGCUCGGGUGGCUGUUAGCUGGCGGUCAAAAGUUCAGGGCUGUUGGAAACGCAGUUCUUUGCACGGACGUGGCACGCGCGCAUGUCAGAGCACUAGAUCCAGACAUCAAGGGAAACCAAUCCUUCCUCCUCAACACCGAGGUCAAAUGGGAAGAUACGGUCCAAAUCGCCAAGAAGUACUUUCCCGACGCAUUUACAUCAGGCCUAUUCCAAGAGGGGGCGUGGCAGUUGACAUUGCCCUUGAGAUGGGACUCAAGUAAGGUGCAAGACGUCCUCGGGAUUAACUUGGCCACGUACGAUACGAUACUCAAAGAAGUGGUUGGCCAAUACCUAGAACUAGCCAAGAGAGAGGGACGGAGAGGGACGGAGGAAGAGUAAUUAAGGGGUGAGCCACUAUCCUACUAUCCUUAGCAUUAAUGAGUGAAUGGUACUCCAUGAGCUUCCAUGGGCUUCCA